AUUCAUCUACAAACAUGCAUACUCCCACCAACAUCGUCAUCGUCUUGACGUACCUGGCCUGUCUUGCUGCAGCGCAAAACCCGUGCAUCACGAGCUGUACAGGCUUACCCGACGGCGACUACCAGUCUUGUAAAGGUUGCAAAGUGUUCGCCACCUGUUGGCAUGAGAAACUCUUCGACGACAGGCCGUGUGUCGGAAACACCGUUUGGGACGACUCCUUCAAGCGCUGCGAACUGAGCUCCGCAACAUGCACUCCGCAUGGAGAUAGAAGCGACCCCGUGCAUGUCCAACUGUACGGGGAUGCCGGAUGGGGACUAUCAGACAUGCGCGGGAUGCGGAGGGUACGCCACGUGUUUGGGAGGGAUGCUGUACGAGAGGAAGUGUGUUGCGGACACCCUCUGGGACGACUCCUUCAAACGUUGUCAAGAUUCAUCGUCAACUUGCCACUCCACAACACCAAGGGCAUGCGUGAGUUCCUGUGAGGGGGUGUCCAACGGCGAUCACCAAUCCUGCAACGGCUGCAAAGUGUACGUCACAUGUCACGCCGGUCGUAUCUUUGACAACAGACCGUGUCCCCCUGGGCUCGUCUUCGACAACAACGUCAAACGUUGUGACCGGACCUCGUCUACAUGUUCAUAGUUGUGUCCCUCCACGGGAUAUAUAGCGAAUAUAUUGAAACUGUACAGGUUGAAUUAAACACAUCCAAAUCGA